UACGAUUAUUGAGAAGAGCUGCACCGUCGCGACAACACGCACGUCGCUCGUUGCGAUAAUCGAAACAACGCGAGUCGAUCAAAUGAAUCGAUAACGUCGAAUCGGCUGGAACGACUGCGUUCAUUAAAAAACAAAAUCCUUUUCGGAAUCGCGAGUGAAUCGAUUGAUUGCGAUUGCGGAAGUGAUAGUGAACUUACGGCCUUUCUGGAAGGUCAAGGAACAUUGGUGCUGUUAUCGAUACUCUGAUGCGAGUGAGUGAUGCCGUGCGAUGCUCUUUUGCCGGUGAGCAACGAACGAUUCAAUAACCAGUAUAAUGCGAUGACAUUCACCAAAAACUCCAACAUGUUGGAUGUAUCAAAGGAUGUAUCAGACAACAUAUCGGAGGCCAGUUUCGUGACGAGCGUGGAGGAGGCGGCGAGUCGGGACCAAUGUACCCAGACGCCCCCUAGCGGGAAGCCCAAGCGGUCCCUGCAAAGGUACAACACGUCAGACCACAUCUACGAGAAGUCCCACAGGACCUACAGGAAAAACGACCUGCGACCUAAGAGUUUAGGUCUCAGUGACUCGUAUCCCAUGAUCGGGAAGCCGCCCAGUUACGAUGGGCCCCCAAAAUUCAAAGUAACGUCAACAGACAGCCCCACGAUCUCCAUAACCCCACCUCAUAGCUUAGACUACGUGUGUCCCAAAUUCGGCAGCCCCAACGGCUGUGCGACCCCGGGCAUGAUGUCCAACCAAUCAGCCACCACCGUCCUCCUCAGCCCUGGUUACUUGCAGACUCCGUGCCAGUGUAACCAGUCCUUUAAGAGUGUAAGUGAAGUGGCGUUAACGAUGCCAGCAACGAACUGGAAUGGAGGCGAGGCACCAGCAAGUGGUCUGUCAGACGGGCUGUCUUGGCGACGGCUACAUAUGUCCAGGGCUAAGCUAAAAGCAACUGCUACCACUUCAGAACUACUCUCAGGUUUCGCGAUGGUAGCCAUGGUGGAACUACAAAUAAACGAGCCGACGAACGUGCCCGAAUGGCUGUUUGUCAUGUUUGCUGUUUGCACGACAGUAUUAGUGGCUGUCCACAUAUUCGCCCUGAUGAUAUCCACAUACCUGCUGCCGAAUAUCGACGCUGUGAGCAAGAUGGAGACGCCUGGAGGGCCAGCGAUUGCGUUGAGGGAUUCCCCGCACGAGAGGAUGAGGGGUUUCAUCGAGUUGGCUUGGGCGUUCAGCACUGUGUUGGGUCUGUUCCUGUUCCUCGUAGAGAUAGCAAUACUCUGCUGGGUGAAGUUCUGGGACUACUCGUUCGCAGCAGCAACGGCCGCCACGGUCAUCGUCAUACCAGUGCUAAUAGUAUUCGUGGCGUUCGCGAUCCACUUCUACCACUCUCUGGUGGUGCAGAAGUGCGAGACCUCGGUGCAGGACAUUGCGCAGCUGGAGAACAUGAAGAGGGACCUCGACACGGCCACCGUGAAAGUCAACAUGUAUUAACGUUACAACUUGUUGAAGAUGAUGAAAAGCAUCGCAUCAGUGCAUCUUCUAAACUAAAUUUAAAUAAUGAGAUCAAAAUAAUCUGCCCCAAAAUCGCGCUAGAUAUCUUCAACCUAUGACAAUUUAACGUUGACAAGUAUAUCUCCGAAACUUGCAACGUUGGUUUAACUGUUCAUGUUUUAUUCAUGGAUCUGUCCAACUAUAUUCACGAUAUCGAUUCGGUAAAAAAAAAAAUAGAACGAUCAAUGUUCAAGUGCAAUUUUGCUAUAGGGUCAGAACUCGUAACAGAUGAAUUAACUUAGCCGACAAUCAAGAAACACUGCCCCGGUUGGGCAGGGUCGAUUGCCGCUCGUGUUCUGAAGUUUUUCAUCUUAUCGGAUCGAGUUGCUGUAUCGGAUUGGGCUGCUGGUGUCCAUGGACUAUGUUUGCUUACCAUCAGAUGCCUACUGUGCUAUAAAAACACGAUAACAGGUAGAAUUAAGGUACACUUGACAUUUUUACAAGACUCUGGCUGGUCACAGAGUCAUUGUGUAUUAAUGUAACAAACUUGUACGUUUUGUUUCGUUGUCGUCAUAAGUUUAAAAUUUAAUGAAUAUGGUACUAAAAUAAACUAAACUAAAACUAAAACCUGACACCUUCCUAACUAUAUAAUCUGGUGAUGAAGAUUGUGGUUAGUUAGUUAUAUAGUGCCCGCGCGAUUCAACCAUUGCUUACGAAACGCAACGUGAUGUAGGAAGUAAAUAAUUAGUUUUGGUACUUAGCCAGUUAUGAAAAUAAGACUAAGGAAAAACGCGGAUUCCGAAAACCGACGUGAAUUGGUGAAUACACAAUGGCGUAUUCACCAAUCCACAACAAAUGAGGUAUAGGCUGGCCCACCUAAGUCUGACCCCCCAAGAUACUUGAAAAAUAAUGAUUUCCGUUCUUAUGGAUGUUAUUUAAUUUCUUUUUUAAAUAAAUGUUGCCUUGUUUUUUUACGUUUAGUUUAUUUCUAACUAAAUUCUGUAGAUGAUAUUCAAAAAUAUAUAAAACUAUAGUAGGGUACUUUUAACACGUCACAAAAAUAUACGAAAAGUUUUAGGUGAAAGAUACAUACGAGUAUAAGGACACAAUUUUUCAUUCAAGAUUCUGUCCUAAUUGUCUUCUGUAUGUUUCCGAAAAAUACAUCACACUUUAGUACUGUUUUCAACCUGCUUCCUUUGUUUCCAACUUUUUCUUCAGUAGAAUAGAUUUAGAUCACUCAAUUACAAAAUAUUACUAUUGUGAUGAAAGAAUCUGUUGAAAUUUAAAAUCUCAAAGAUUUUAGAAGGUAGGUUUGUAAAUACUUAUAUCAAUAAUACGUUUUAGAGCUCCAAUUUUAAUCUAUGUCGAGACUCGAGUUUAAUUUUGUGAUUUUAUUUGUUUUUUUUAACGCUAGCUAGUAUACUUAGUAUUUAAUGCGUGCUUUAGUGAUAAAAAGUCACGCAUCGUACAUUUUAUAUGAAGAAAUAUCUCCAACCGACAUAGGUAUCUGCGUAUGUAAGAGCUGUAUGUAAGACCUAUGUCAAUAACUAUUGUAACUUUUAUGCUGGCUAUAACCUAUCGCUGAACAGUUCGCCAAACUUUGCCGGAUUCGGCAUACAUUGCUGGUUAUUGAUUGCGGUGAAUAAAAGCUCUUAAACAAACUUCACAAAAUUAUUCAUUCGCGUCGAUAUCUGUCCGAGUUCGGUAUAGUUUGUAGCCAAUAUAAUUGAUGUUUGGUAUACUUGCAAAUAGGUAAUACAUACGUACUUAUGAGUUGGAAUUAAAAUCUUAAUUAUUGUGUGUAAUGAAAUUAGAUUAAAACUAUAAAUAAAUCAGUGCCUAGAAAUGUUUUGCUCAAGCCACACUUAUAAAGGGCGACAUUCCACAAACCACAAAUAUCUUGUGGUCAACCACACCAUAGUUUUGUGGGUCAGAUGUUUAAUGUCCUUUGCCAAAGAGUUGUAAUUAUUUAGCCAGUCCAUUAAACCUUAGAAAAAUAUUUUGUCUCGUUCAUUGUAAAAAAAUUAAUGUUUUUUUUUUAAAUAUCAUUCGUCGACUUUAACGAGAGAUUGAGGUUUAAAUCGGUCAAUAUUUACCCUUAGUUUAAAAGAGGUUUAAGGCCCGUGCACACCGUACGCGUAUCCGACACGAGCACUGCUUAGAACAGCGAAAUUGUAUGAAACAAAAAGUAAUAAUGUGAACUGGUAAAUAAUGUUAACUCAAAAUGAUAAGGUACAACUGAUAAAGACUGUAUACGAAUAUGUAAGCUAAGUUACAUGAUAGAUAUCUUAUUAAACGAAAUAGAAAAUAAUAAAUAUUUAAUAAUUUAUGAUAAGUUAGAACGUCUUUUCUCAAAAUUUAGUAAAAAUAGUUAUAAUAUCGCCAAAGUCAACUUACCUUCAUAUUUCCAUCCCCACUCUCAAUGAAUAAAAUUCAUUCCGAGGCAUUACGCUGACACAUCUAGGUACCCUAUAUGUUAAACGCGGGCGAAAAAUAAAAUUAUUUUAAGAGCUUUUGUGAUAAACUCUGGAGAUGAAUGAAUUCAUAUUUAUACGUUUAUUAAACUCGCAAGUAAUUUCUUCAAGUCUAUUUCAAUGUAUAUUUCUCUGUAAAGUCAUAAAAUACAUACUAAAAUUGUUUACAUAAUGAGACUUUUAAGAAAACGCCGAGUUUUUUAAGACAUGGACCUGCCUCCACAGAUACCUAUCAUGUAUAUCCACGGAAUAAUAAACUCUUGUAUAUCAUGUAGCCUGCAAAAUCGCUAAGGUGCGCUUUAAACUUGAAAAAUUGAAACUGGCGUUCACUAUCAGUAUUUUAGUUGUAUGGAUAGUUAUAAACUGAAUUUCUAUUGUGAUUUGCGAAUAAUAAAAAUAUUUAAAUAAGUA